AUGGGUUCUGUGUUUGAGGCAUCUCCCACAUUCUCGAUUGAGAGCGAACGUCUCCAAAUCUCCUACUUCCUACCCGACUCCCCAGAGCACUGUCUUUUCCUUGUCGAACUAUGGAACAGCGAGGAAUUUAUGAAAACAUGCGGCCGCACCGGCAUUGAUACCGCAGAGAAGGCCUCUAAUUUCAUUCGCAACCGCGUCCACACCGACUAUGCCCGAAACCAUUAUGGCAUGUUUCUAGUCUCGCUAAAGCCGCAUGAGCACGCAUCUUUAGCAGAAAGUACUCCUAUCGGCUCUGUCUCAUUGAUGAGAGGCGAGCCACCGAAUGCUUACCUGGCGCCCGAUAUUGGAUAUGCGUUUUUGACCAAGGAAACUGGAAAGGGAUAUGCCACCGAAGCCGCACUUGCGUUGUUGGCGUAUGCGAAGAAGGAACUCGGAGUAGAUUCCGUGUUUGGAUUCUGUGGAACGGGCGAUACGUACAGCGCGAGGGUGUUGGAGAAGAUUGGGCUAGAGUUUCGAGGACCAAAGAAACUGAAAGUUUUCGGAGGCAGGGAAAGUGCUGUUUAUGCACUCCCUAUAAUGAGCCAGGAUCUGACCGUGUACGGCUUGGAUGAUUAA